CAAGGUGGGAAAAUAUCUUCUAUAUCAUCGGCAUUGAAUCCGUCUCCCGGGACUUCAACAUUGAAAUCUGCUGUCGCGUAAACCCUAAAACUCUCAAGCCGGAUGCUUUGUUGUAGAUAUGCUCUGCCACUUAUUACUAAAAGAUUGGAAUCAGUUAAAUUAACCCAGAGACCUAGGAGUACCGUGGUAUGCGCUGCUAAAGGUCCAAGACCUCGAUAUCCUCGGGUAUGGAAAUCAAGGAAGAAAAUUGGGGCUGUCUCAAAAUCAGUAAAGCUUGUUGAUUGUGUAAAGCAAUUGUCAAAUGUCAAGGAAGAAGUAUACGGGGCUCUCGACUCCUUUAUUGCAUGGGAACUAGAGUUCCCUCUAAUUAUAGUGAAGAAAGCAUUGAAGAUCCUUCAGAACGAACAAGAGUGGAAAAGAAUAAUUCAGGUGAUAAAGUGGAUGCUUAGCAAAGGUCAAGGAAGAACGAUGGGAACAUAUUUCACCUUACUGAAUGCUUUAGCAGAGGACGGGAGACUGGAAGAGGCUGAAGAGCUGUGGGCCAAACUGUUUUCUGAUAAUUUAGAUAGCACCCCGCGUAUUUUCUUUGAUAAAAUGAUUUCAAUUUAUUACCACAAGGACAUGCACGAGAAGAUGUUUGAGGCAUUUGCUGACAUGGAAGAGCUUGGUGUCAAACCAAGUAUAUCAGUUGUUUCAAUGGUUGGAAAUGUCUUCCAAAAGUUGGGCAUGUUUGAUAAGUAUGACAAAUUAAAGAAGAAAUAUCCACCACCAAAAUGGGAAUAUCGAUACGUUAAAGGGAAGCGUGUCAGAAUCCAAGUGAAGCAGCUACAGGAAUUUGAUAAAACUGCCAAAGGCAUCACUGAAGACAGAGAAACUGAAGAGAAUUCGAGUUUAGAGUACAAGGAAUUGGAAGCAAAUUCAAAUGGAGUAAAGCAGCUACAAGAACAUGAUAAAAUUGCGAAAGGUCUAACUGAAGACAAUGAAACUAGAAAGAAUUUGAGUUUAGAGCUUGCGGAAGCAAGUUCAAAUGAAGUAAAGCGGCUCCAGGAAUUCGAUAAAGUUGCCAUAGGCGUUACUGAGGACAAGGAAACUGAAAAGAAUUCUAUUUUAAAGCAUGAGGAAGCUGAAGCAAGUUCAAAUACAUUCACUGCGGAAGCUAAUAUAUAACUUCUUGAUUGGUUGAUAGUCUUAUAUCCAGUAAGCCUUGGCCUUGAUAGUUAAGUGCAAUUUAUUCAAUCUCAGCAGCAAGUUAAGGAAAGCUAUAUGACAAGGAUGAACAGUCUUUUCUCAUGUCUUAUUAUUUUGUAUCAGCACUAUCCGAAUCAGGCUAGGUAUGGUCAGGGCAUCAUGUAAGCAUAAGAAAGCUGUAGGGUGGUAAGAAUUCUUUCUUCCUUUUACUCAUACAGAAGUAAAAAUUAUUUAAUGAAGUUGAUGAUUGAAUUCGAGAUA